CUUCACCGUGACAAUCGCGGGUUGUCCGAGUCGUUGAACGUUCAGACGUUAAUGUACAUCCCUCUACACAUCGUGUUACGGACAUUCGUCGCGCUUCUCACUCAAGGAUUCUUCCAGCCCGACGAGUAUUUCCAAUCUCUUGAGCCGGCUCAUCGACUGGUCUAUGGCUACGGACACCUUACAUGGGAGUGGCUCUCCCCGCGACCGAUCAGGAGCUUUGUCUUUCCGGCCUUGAACGUACCGGUGUACUGGGCACUCAGGACUCUUGGACUGGACGAGAGUCACCCCUCCCUGGUGAUCUUCCUCCCUAGGCUGCUCCAGGGUUUCCUAGCGUCAGCAACCGACGCGACCUCACGCGUUUUAGCGCGUCAGAUCUUCGGGGACCGCUAUGCAUCCAUGGCUUACUUUCUAUCAAUGACAUCCUUCUUUCACUUCCUGGCUUUGUCACGGUCUCUGUCUAACUCUCUAGAAACAACCCUCAGUACUCUAGCUUUGAGUUAUUAUCCCUGGCAUGUCCUUGCAACGUCAGCACCGGAGCCACCUAGUGCGCACCUCUGUAUAUUAUUCUCAGCACUAGCCUGCCUCGUCAGACCUACAAACGGUGUCCUUUGGUUCUACUUGUACGGAAUACUCCUGUUUCGCCUCAGGCGCAGAAGCAGGGCCUUCUUUUCUGUACUUCGUACCUUAAUCAUCAUUGGCAUCUCAUCGCUGCUUCUUGCAUUUGCAGUUGACUCUUCAUACUAUGGCAUGCGGGUUCUCACUCCUCUCAACUUCAUUUGUGUCAAUGCGUCUCCGGUGUCAUUGUUUUAUGGAUCAAGUCCAUGGCAUUACUACCUCUCGCAAGGCCUGCCCAUCCUCUGUACGACAUCACUGCCUUUCGUGUUACAUGGAAUGUGGCUCAGCACGCGAGGCUCAAACCAGAGCGCUAAAAUUCUGUUAGGUUGUGUGCUGUGGACAGUUUCGAUAUACUCUCUGGCUGGACACAAGGAAUGGAGAUUCAUCCAUCCAAUACUACCAAUGUUACACGUGUUUGCUUCAAAAUCCCUUGUCGAUCUCUGGGACGGGCAACGGAAGCAGCUCCAAAGAACUGGCAAGAAAGUGAGCAGCUAUGCUGCUCGCCUGCCUAUAUGCAAGAGCCAUCUUUACAUCCUCUUGCUCACCAUACCGGCGUCAAUAUUUGUCAUUUUCUUCCACUGUACCGGCCAGAUCAAGGUCAUGACCUACCUGCGUGAUCUUCCGGCAGACGAUCUCAAAUCCGUUGGCUUCCUAAUGCCCUGUCACUCAACGCCGUGGCAAGCGUACCUCCACCGGCCCGAGCUUGCAGAGCACGGCAAAAUGUGGGCGCUAGGCUGCGAGCCACCUCUCAACUUGGACACCCACACGGCAAGCUACAAGGACCAGACUGACAUCUUCUUCGAGUCACCCCAGAAAUACAUCCGCGAACAUUUUCCGCCCGCGGUCGACCCUUCUUUCCCGCCUUCGCCUUUUCCGAGCUCAAUUCCCGGAAGCCCGCUCGUUGCCAGGUCUGGGGGAGGAAAGGAUGCACAUGGUGCUGGCAAUCCGUGGGUCAUGGACUGGAGACACGAGUGGCCACAGUAUCUCGUCCUGUUCGGGGAUCUCCUCGCAGAAGAGGGAGUACGAGACCUCCUCGAAGAGCAGUUGUACAGUGAGGUCUGGAAAGGAGGGUUUGAGUGGGAGGGCGAGGGACGUCGCAAAGGGGCAGUGAGGGUAUGGAAACACAGCGCCCGAUGAUUUAACCUGUAUAAGCGCUAUCGUACUUACAUGGACCGACUUUGAAGUGCCUAAUU